AUGAGAUACCUUGAAAUAUCCAAGCACAGCUCUAUAUCCCCGAACGAUCUCAUAAAUUCAAUAAACAAGGCAAACCUAACGCCACCACUGCAAGUACUCUACAACAAUCACAAUGACGUCUUCUACUUUGAAUUUGCACACAGUAUUGAUGCUAUUGAGGCGCUGAAAUGGUGUGAUAAGUGGGUUAGAUUGGUUGGUGGCAGUAACGGUGAUCAAGUACAGUCACAGGUACACUCAGAGCAAUACCCACAGCCACACUCCCUCAACCAGCACUCAUCCUCAGGUCCGCCUGUUGGUAGCAUCCUAAAUCCACUCAUAGUAACUCACUCUGAUCCGAUCUCGCCCCCACUUUCCCCCAAAUCACCCAAAUCACCCAAUUCCUCUUUGUCUACUUUUAACGCUUCUCCACCGCAGAAUUUGUUUGAUGUAUUAGCCUCGUUGCCUGGUGCAAAUACAAACACUGUAAACACUGUAAACACAGCCAACACAACACAAAGCAUACACACUCCACACCGCACACAAACACCAAACAACUCCCUCCCUCCCAUCCUCAACACUGGCAGCCAGGGACCGAUGCAGAUGCAACCCGGCGACUGGGUGUGUUCGUGCGGCUUCGUUAAUUGGAGGAGAAGGAAGUCGUGCUACCGGUGCUAUCCAUUUGCAAAUGGUAAUGAGAGUGGUAGCGGUAAUAAUGGGGAGCUGGCUAGGGCUGCUCAGAAGGCUGCUCAGUUGGCUGAGGAGGGUUUGAGCGAAAGUCAAGACAAUCAAGACAUUCACAACACCCAAGACACUCACAAUUCUACUCACAACGAUUCUGCGUUUGCGUUCGACACACAUCUUCUUAAUGUCGGCUUGGGCCGUUUGGAGCUGAACCAGUUGGACCAUCACCCACAUCACCCAGAACACCCCACCUUAGACUAUCGCACUUUCUUGGCGUCCAGAAAGGCGUGGGACAGCGGUAAUGAUGGUGGUUUUAAUGGCGGCGGCGGUGGUGGUAGCGUCGGAGUGGAUCACAACGCGCACGACACCUUUGACCAACUUGGGGAAAUCUUGCAGCGCGUGCAGUCAAGCCGUUGA